AUGAAAAAACAAAUCAUUUUGGUUCUUGUAAUAGCAUUAAUUCUUAGUUCUUGCUCAGCUUUAAGAUAUAAGAAAAGACACAAUCACAGAUUGUUCGCCUAAGUCAAACAAGAUGGAGAUCCUCAAAACGCUACACUAUAAGAACUUCUGAAAUUAGAUGUGUCAAAUUUUUCAUGCGAUAAUCUUGCUGAAUAUAAGUAGUACUAAGGAAGAAUGGAAGAUUUUGUAAGUUUUUUGAAUAAUAAUCCUGAAGAGGAGCUUUUACAAUCAAUAAAUGAAUUGGGUUAGGCAUCAUUGCUCUUAAAAAAGGCCAAACAACUAUUUGAUCACCCCUCUGAAGUUGGUUCUCUUUCAUAAACCAGCAAAAACAAAUCUAAAAAAGCAAAGCAUGUCCAUUAUGGAAAGCUUUCUAAGCAUUUGAAUAACAUAAGUGAAAUUGUUGAUCCAUAAUUAGUUCAAGAAAUUCAAUCAGCUAUAGUUUUAAUUUCAACUUCUGACGAUAAUGAAUAAAUUAAAUAAAAAAUUGAUGAAGUCAUAAAAAUCAUUUAAGUGUUAAAGGAACAAUGCUCAAAUCUUUUAGGUGAAAAAGAUAGUUUUGAAGCUUACAGUGAAGAACUCACUUAACAAAUUAAUGAUAUUAAAGCUUAGUCAUCUAAUUGCUAAUGA